UGAACUUUUCUUCGCCUACCCACUUCACCUUCCUCGGAAUCAUCGUAUAAAUCUUCCCACAUUGUACACACCAACCACUUAAAAGCCCCCACCUCAACGACAUCCUUUUUGAGCUUUCUUCUUCCCUGUUCAUUAGGUGUGCACCUUCAUCAUGAACUCUGCAAUUAGGUGUGCACCUUCUUCUUCUCUGAGCUUCUCUGCUUUCUCAAGUAGAAAGCCUUCUGUUGGAGCCACUCAAUCUUUUUACACAUUGCCCACAGCACAAAAUGCUCGGCCCAGCGCAAAUCUCUCUGUUUCUUCACAUAAACCUCUUCACAUCUUAUCCACCGAGAAUUUCUCAUUGGUGGCAAAACCCAGAAACAGGGGUGUAGAGUGUGAGGCCUAUGAGGCGGAUAAGUCACGACCGUUGGAGAUUAGUGUUGAUGAAGAGGCUCGAGUUCAGGCGGCUCAGAGGCUCAAAAUUAGUUUGUACUUUGCGACCUGGUGGGCUUUGAAUGUGGUCUUCAACAUAUACAAUAAGAAGGUUUUGAAUGCUUUUCCUUAUCCAUGGCUCACUUCCACUCUAUCAUUGGCUGCUGGUUCACUCAUGAUGUUAAUUUCAUGGGCCACGAGAAUUGCUGAAGCCCCGAAAGUCAAUUUAGAGUUUUGGAAGGCCCUCUUCCCUGUUGCUGUGGCUCACACGAUUGGGCAUGUCGCCGCGACUGUGAGUAUGUCAAAAGUUGCAGUUUCAUUUACCCACAUCAUCAAGAGUGGAGAACCUGCUUUUAGUGUCCUGGUUUCAAGGUUCUUGCUUGGAGAAUCAUUCCCUAUGCCAGUGUACCUAUCACUUGUCCCAAUUAUUGGUGGUUGUGCUCUUGCUGCUGUGACAGAACUCAAUUUUAAUAUGACUGGGUUUAUGGGAGCUAUGAUAUCAAAUUUGGCAUUUGUCUUCCGGAACAUUUUCUCAAAGAAAGGGAUGAAGGGGAUGUCUGUUAGUGGAAUGAACUACUAUGCUUGUCUUUCUAUGAUGUCUCUGCUAAUCCUCACGCCUUUUGCCAUUGCUGUGGAGGGCCCACAAAUGUGGGCUGCUGGCUGGCAAACUGCUAUCUCAGAUUGGUCCCAAUUUUGUAUGAUUUCCCCAUUAACAUUUAGUAUAGGGAACACGAUGAAGAGAAUUUCAGUUAUCGUCUCUUCCAUUAUCAUCUUCCGCACGCCAGUCCAACCUGUCAAUGCCCUUGGGGCAGCCAUUGCCAUUCUGGGCACCUUCUUCUAUUCCCAGAAAUGGAAUGGGGAGAUAAUGGAGGGGCCUUGGAUUAAGAAAGCUCUAUUAUUGCAGAUAAUACUGUGGCUGCUUCACCUACCGAACUUCUUAGCUGCUUCUGGUGCAUCUACCUUCCCCCCUGAUUUCCUUUUCGGCACUGCUUCUUCUUCUUACCAGUAUGAAGGCGCGUACUUGGAUGAUGGCAAAGGACUUAACAACUGGGAUGUCUUCACUCACCUUCUCCCAGGAAGGAUAAGCGAUGGAAGCAAUGCUGAUGUCACUGUUGAUCAAUACCAUCGCUAUCUGGACGAUGUAGAUUUGAUGGAAGAUAUCAAAAUCAACAGCUACAGGUUUUCCAUUUCAUGGGCGAGAAUAUUACCGAAAGGAAGAUUUGGUCAAGUGAACUUGCCAGGUAUCAACUAUUACAACAAUCUCAUCGAUGCUCUCCUACUUAAAGGGAUUCAGCCAUUUGUUACUGUGUCACACUUGGACUACCCUCAAGAACUUGAGGACAGAUAUGGAGGUUGGCUUAGUCCCCACUCCCAGGAAGAUUUUCAGUACUUUGCAGAAGUUUGUUUUAGAUCGUUUGGGGACAGAGUUAAGUACUGGGUUACUUUCAAUGAGCCAAAUCUUUGGGUCCCACUUGGUUAUCGCAAAGGAAAGUUCCCACCAAAUCGUUGUUCUGUCCCGUUUGGGAAUUGCAGUGAAGGAGAUUCAGAGAAAGAACCUUAUGUUGCUGCCCAUAAUAUCAUACUAUCACAUGCUGCUGCAGUACAUAUUUAUAGAACCAAAUACCAGAAGGAGCAAGGAGGGCAAAUCGGCUUUGUGUUACACUGUGACUGGUUUGAGCCCUUCAGCAAUUCCGAAGUAGACAAAUUGGUUGCUGAAAGAGCACUAUUAUUCACAAUAAAUUGGUUCUUGGACCCUAUUCUUUAUGGAAAAUACCCAGAAGAGAUGGAGAAGGAACUGGGAACCACAUUACCCAGAUUUUCCCGGGAAGACACAGAGAAACUAAAGAAUGGAUUGGAUUUCAUUGGAAUCAAUCAUUAUGCAAGUUACUAUGCCCGAGACUGCAUCUCUUCAAUUUGUAAACCUGGGGAAGGAGGCUCAAGAUCAGAAGGUUCAUAUUCACGAACUGCACAAAGAAAUGGUGUCCCCAUAGGAGAACUUACACCGUUUGAAUGGUUAAAUGUUUAUCCACAAGGCAUGGAGAAGAUGCUUAACUAUUUCAAAGGCAGAUAUAAUAACCUUCCAAUCAUCAUUACAGAAAAUGGGUAUGGAGAACUGAAGGAUCCAAGUAAAACCCGAGAAGAAUAUAUCAAUGAUGUUACAAGAAUUAAAUACAUGGAGGGUCACUUGAACUAUGUUUUGGCAGCAAUAAGGAAAGGAGCAGACGUGAGAGGUUACUUUGCGUGGUCCUUGUUGGACAACUUCGAGUGGUCAUAUGGAUUUGAAGUGGAAUUUGGGCUGUACCAUGUUGAUUUUGCCACAUUGAAGAGAACUCCAAGACUAUCUUCAAUUUGGUACAAGCAAUUCAUCUCAGAGCAUAAGGGACACAGCAUUGUGCAGGAAAAUAAUAGAGAAAAGAGGGAGUUCGAGGACAACACCAAAAUCAGAAAGCUAGAGCCAGAGCCCCUUAAGCUAAGCUUUGAGUAAACUAAGUCAUAUUAGUCAAUGCCCCUAUCUCCAAGAACAGCAGAAAGAUUUCUCAUUAUUAUUCGCAAGGAUUAGUUUAAUUCUUGGAUAUGUCCAUUGUAAACGGGAAAUACUUAAAAUAUUUCCAUCUUCAAGCUAUGUACAUACACACUAGAUAAUGGAUGAGUUAUGAUUGAAUCUAUAAGCGUCAUUUACAUGAAA